AUCCAAUGGACAGUCAACCCGGUGAAGAGCACCGGGCAUCCGCUUUGUUUUUCUCUGGUAACAAUAAAAUAUCGUGUUUGGUAUGUUACACUUAACAAACGACAGUGAGUCAUAGUGAGCUUUCUUGACUUUUAUAUUCCUUAUUUUGGACUACGUUAUGCUCAUUGUCGAUGUAGUGCAACUCAGCACUACCCAACAAAUCAUACUAAAUGGUGCGGAGGAGUUUCUGUGGUUCGCUGCUUAAAAGUCAAGUAUCUAUUUCUAUUACUUGAAAACACCGAAAUUCCAUUUAUUUUGGAAUUUGUAGGAAGCAGUAUACGGUAUGAUAACAUGGUACAUUAAGUUAGUGUUUAUCCCAGUAUUUCAAAUCAUUUGUAAGUACUUUGGGGUUCAUAUCAUGGAAGGCUCUUAAACAUUUCUGAAAGCUAAUGGUAGUCGUACUCUUAAUUUCUUAGCUUUCUUGCCUUGCCGGCUUGUUUGUCUGAAAUUUUGGUUUUUCUUCCCUAAAUUUUAUGCAAUGUUAUGUUUUUGUUAUAUGUAUUCGCAGUUAGAAUCAUCACGUAGCACUUUUUCUAGUUAGAAACAAUAGAAUAGUUUGAAAUGUGAUUUCAGUGGCAUCUUUAGGAUUGUAUAUGCAUGCUUUCACUAUAAAUAUCAAAAUCUCACACUACUGAUGUUUCUAAGGCAAUUUUACAUUUAUUUUUCAUUGUUUCACUUGUGGAUUUUCUAGUUUACUUGGUCGUGGUUCCAUGUUUGUCUUUUCGUCAGCUCAGUUUCUUCGUUUGUUAAACGUUAACGACAAUUUCAAAUUUGAUUAUCUACUUGACUUAGGAGCUGGUGACGGCAAUGUUACCAUGAAAAUGGCCCCCUUCUUUAAUAAUGUUUAUGUAACAGAAAUAUCCCCAGUAAUGCGUUGGCGUUUAAGUAAACAUGGUUUCACAGUGUUAGACGUUGACUCGUGGGAUUCUCCAAAUAAAGAAUGGAAUUCACAAAAAGUCCCAUCACAUUUCGAUGUUAUAAGUUGCUUAAACUUAUUAGACCGGUGUAUAGCUCCGAUAACCCUUCUAAAGCGCAUUAGUCGAGCAUUGAAACCAAUAACAGGAGUUUUAAUUCUCGGCAUAGUUCUACCAUUAAAGCAGUAUGUUGAAACUACCACAGAUAAGCGACCGAAUGAAUUACUUGCGAUAACUGAUAGUGAUCAGUGGGAAGUACAAUUGUCUAGUUUAAUUAAAAAUAUUCUUAUCCCAGCUAACUAUGAAGUAAUACGUUGGACACGUUUGCCAUAUCUAUGUGAAGGCGACUUUUCUAGAUCAUUUUAUUCUUUAAAUGAUAUUGUAUUGGUUUUAAGAAAUUCUAUUACUGAAUAGUAAUAAUAAUAAUAUUAACAGUGGUAGUAAUUACCAAAUAAAAAAUUAAAAAAUGGAUUACAGCAGUAUUUAUGCACUAUUAUCUCGUAAUUAAUUUUAAUAACUCAAUCUCGCUCUUCAGCACUGAAUGAAUCAGGUUUCAAGGAUUCCCUUUUUACUUCGCUUUUCAUCUGUGAUAUCUUCAUGGUUUCUUUUCGAUAAUUCCAAAUGGGCUUCAGUUCUGUCAGUAUUUUAAUUUUUCUCUUCCUUUGGUAAAAUCACCAUUUCUAUUCGGUAUUACAAAUCUGUUUUUAUCAUUACUGAAAGAGUUCAGGCGUUUACUUUUCAUGCCUGUUUUUAAUUAAUUUUGUAUAGUCUCUGUUCGGAAAAAUUUGGGUGUACAAUGUAAAAUUGGUCAGUUGUAUUCUUAUAUUUAAAAAAAUACAAUGAAGUAACAGUUAA